AUGACCUCGACGGCGCACUCGCCGUCAGUCCCUUCGCCGGACGAAGAAGACAUUAGCCGAGCGAGCGCAUGGACGGGAGAGCGCUCGUCUGCCGAGAGCAGUUCCUCCGGUGCGAGAAGACGCAAGGAGAAGGAGAGCGACCAGGAGACAUUACAUGAAGAUGAAACCGCAGAUGCCGAGGCAUUUGGAGAAACGUAUUCAGGAGCAGACGAAUAUCCUCCUACCAAGGAAGAAGAAGCAGAAUCACGGAGGAUAGAAGAGAAUUUACGAAAUUGGGAGACUGCAGAACGAGAGCGGCGGAAGGCUGUGCGCGCGUCGACGGUGUCCGCAACGCCGGCGACAACUGGACCGUCGUUGGUUGCAGACCUCUCUCGCAGGGCUAGCUGGCUAUGGCCAGGGAGCCGAGCAAAACAAGCAUCUCUUGGCGGGGUUGGAACGCAUCGAGCCCUGCGCAAUGCUGACGACACCGUCCCCCUAGACGACAUCGAGGCCAGUCCCGCAGUAUCCCCGUCCCCUCCACCAUCUCCUGGAGCAGGGGAAAAUCCCUUCAUUACUCCGGGCGGCUCCACCCUCUCCCUUAACGACGCCGGACAAUCCAGCAUCAUGAAAGAGUCCGUGUCCAUUAACCCAUUCAAUGAUGGCGACCUCUCGCCUACAACGCCCACUGCAAAGCAUCCCAAGCUCAAGUCGUCUCUCUCUCGACAGCCUGCGCCGCCGCCCCAGCCUCUUGACCUCCCCCGACCACGCAGUCCUCCGCCGUGGACCGAAAUACCGCACACAAAUCGACCGCCAGAGCCCGUGCCGCCUCCCGUAGUGGCCUCGGUUUCGCCAAGCGAGCCACCCGAAGAUAUACGGUGGUGGACAGAAUGGUUAUGCGGCUGUAGUGAGGGCCGAGAUCGUGGCGGUGAUCACCAGGCUGGGCGCACGAAUCCAUUUGAAUGA